UUCUCUCUCUCUUUUGUAUCACUCAGUAUCUGUAUCUGAGAACUAGGCCAGGCCAGUGUAAACAUCUGGCUCAGUCCAGCGCUUGCCGCCUGUUGAGACAGCCAUGACAGAUGGAAAGGGAGCGUAUGGCUCAAACACUUCCAUCUUCGACCGUAGGCUAUACUGCCAGUUGUCUUCCCAAAAUAGCCCGCACUCCCCGGCCUUAUAUGUGCAGGCCUGCAGCAUGUGCCUGAGGAGGCAUCAUGUAUCUGGGCCACACAAUAGGCUGCAGGCUGCAGGCUCAUUGUUUGCUGCUCACCAGCAGGCCCACAGGGACGAGGCCUCUCUUUCCCUUGGGACAGUUCACCAUGCAUCUCACCCAGCUCAACCGAGAGUGUCUCCUCCACCUUUUCUCCUUCCUAGACAAGGACAGCCGGAGGAGUUUGUCCCUUAGCUGUCAUGAGCUGCGAGAGGUUUUCCUGGACCCCUGCCUCUGGACUCUACUGCACUUCAGCUACCCGGGUCAGCUGACCAGGGACAACUUUGUGCUGGGAGCCUCGUUGCGUUCCUUGACAGUUUGCUGGUACUCAAGUAGAGUCCUGAAAGUGUGCAACAUUGAGGACUGGCUGAAGAGCUCGUUUCAGAAGGACAUCUGCAGUAAACACGAGAGCCUGGUCAGCACUUUCCUGGCCCAUGUCUGCCACAUGUGUCCCAAUCUGUCUUGGCUGACUCUGUCUGGCUGUGGACACAUCACUGACCAGGAUGUGAUCUCCGUGCUGCAGAACUGCAGGAAGCUGUGCCGCCUCCACCUGGAGAACUGCGUCCGCAUCACCGACCGCAGCAUGGAGGGCAUGGUGGCCCACGGAAGCAGUCUGGAGGAGGUGAAAGUGGACUUCUGCAGGAACAUCACUCAGGCGGGGCUGCAGGCUGUCGGAGAGAAGAGGCCAGGCAUCCGGCUGAGUGCAGAGAGGAGCGCUGAUAUGAUCCCUGACAGCAAGCCUGAGGAGACGCUGCCACUCAGGAGGACACUGCAGAAAGUCCUGCUGUUCUCCUGAUGGAAAUACUGUAACUGGACUUUUGAAGACUUGACUAAGAUGCCUUAUUUGCUGUGAUUAGUAUUUAUUUAAUAGAAGUGUUUUUGCUGCCUUUUUUCCACCUUUUUAUAAAACACAUGUUGAAUAUAAGUCUUCCUUAUGAAGACAUGUACUUUUUAAGCUGUCUCAAUUCCAUGUUAUCCUAACCACGGAAAAUUCCAGACACACUCACAAUAAAGUCUUAUAGUGUACAGUAUACACAGGUGGCCUUAUCCACUUUCUUGCUGAGAGUUGAUGAGACGAUCAAUACCACUGUCACAUCUAUAUGAUAAAUAUGAAGCGACACAGCCAGGCUUGUUGUUUCCCCCUGUUUCCAGUCUUUAUGCUAAGCUAUGCUAACCGACUGCUGGCACCAGCUACACGUUCAGAUGCAAUUGUGGUGUUGAUAUUCUCAUGUAACGCUCAACAAGAAAUCAAAAAAGUAUAUGUCAAACUAUCCCAUUAAUAGCAUUUAGUUGGAUUAAAAUAGCACACACACACCUCCCCCAAAAAUGAAACGCACACCUACAGAGUACAAAAGGUGCGUGGUUGCACUGUGUGCUUUGUCUCUGUUAUGAUAAGACAUGUCAGAGCUGGGAGGAAAGGUUCUCUGAGGACAAAGUGCCUUUGAUUGGAAUUGUGUUAUAUAAGAUUGUGAGACAAAUGAAAGGUUGAUUUUGGGCGUGUGUCCGUCUGUAAAUGUUUAUUGCAGGCUGCUGGUGCAGCGUGCUCCCCGUCUUAUGAGUGCAUCUCUGAAGAAUUACCAUAAAUUUCCACACAGGGGUCAACUCAAUGAAGAAUUGUUGUAAUCCCAUCAGGGCGUGUGCUCAGAUACUGUGUUUUUCUACUGACUGUGUUUUUUUUACUUAUCUAUUAAAUAUAUUAAAGACAAUUUUACAUUGC